UUGCGCAAACGAAAUACAGCGAACCACAUCAGUCAGUCAAACCUUCUCCUCCUCCUCCUCCCCUCCUCCUCAGGGUUCUCACACAGAGUAUCAGUGUUGAUCCUUUAGAUUUGUUUAAGUGUAGAGCUGCUCGGGUGGAAAUGUGACUCCGGUAGUGUGAAGCUGGGGAAGUUUAUUACCACUGUAAUCAGAGUUACUUGGGCACAUCGGAGCGCAGCUGGACAGAUCGGACACACUCAGAGGAUGGAGAACAGAGAAAGCAGCGAGGAUCUACUGCGGAUUGUAAGGGACCACUGAAAAGAAACACACAGAAAGAAUAAAAAGGAUUCAUACUUAUCUGAGGCAUCUCCAGUCAAGUUAUCAGUGGCUGAACUGGCUGGGAAGUUCAAAAGUCAUCCACUGCCAAUGCCAAGGAAUGACGAGAGAAAACCUGUUCAAAGGAGCCCUCCGUGUUCUUUGCAGUUACAUGACCAGAUGGAUAGUGAGAGUGAGAAGGAGAAAACAACUAUUCCACCUCAACCUCCCCCCAGGGCCAAGCUGAAGAAUUCUCCUCUCAUUGAGAAACUGCAGGCCAAUCCCAUAUUGUCACCUACUAUACUGCUCAACACAAAAAGUCUAGAAGGGAAGCAACCGGCUGCACCAUUCUGUCCCAUCAGCCUCUGCGGUCCCCAGAGUCCCACCCUGAGGCCCCCUCAGCAGCACGGUGCCAAUGAGGUGCCCAUCAGCUUCGAGCAACCAGCUGAGGGCACCACACUGCCCAACUUCAGCAAGAGUCGAGUCCGACUGUCUUUCAAGCGGCGACCACCCACUCGCCAGCACCGGAAGUCAGCAGGUGAAGAGGGGGCUCCAGACACACCUGAGGAAAACAGGUCUCCAUGUGAUCUGCACAGUCCCGAUAACGCUCCUGACAAGAAUGGCAAUACAAAGGAUGCACUGAAUGUUCCUCAGGAGGAGACACACGAGAGCCAGGAAGACUCCAAUCCUCUCAUUACUGUAGAAGACACAGAGCUGCAGGAAGAACACAAUGAUAUGAGCAAGGACAAUGAAGGGACUGAAGACACCGAAGAGGAGAACAAGGAAGAGGUAGCCGAGGAAAAGAGCUCAGGAAAUCCUGAAGCUUCGGACAACCAACAAGAGGAAAAGGCACUUGAGGAACAUAGCACAGAGGAGAUGGAAGGAUCAAAAAAAGAAGAAGAAACUUCGGGAGAAUCUACUGAAGAGAACAUGGAUGCCGAGGAUCAAGCUGGAGACUGAGAUGGACAAACAUAUAGCUGUGAAAAGUGGAGAGUGCAGUGGAGGAAGGAAGAACACUGGCCAAAUGCAGAGACUUGUACUUUAUAGAGUUGGACCUGGAUUUAUGCUCUAAGCCCUCGUGUAUCAACAGUGUUGCCACUACCACAGCUGUUAACAAGCCUUGCAUGGUUGACCAUCUAACAGUGGCCUAGGAAUACUCCAGUAUUUUCAGAGUAUGAGCAGAAAACAAAGUGUGUAUUAAAUUUCGGGAGGAUAUAAACCUUUCCUUAUCGUUUUUUCUUCUCUUGAUCAUGACACCAGUGUACCUGAACCUCUAUCUGUUUCUGAUAUUGUUGUGUAGCUUACAAAUGUAGUCUUUAAACUGUUAAUAGAAUGCAAUGACAUCAGAGUGGUGCAGAUACUAUUAAGGCGAAUGAUGUUACUAGCAGCUCUUACUAAACCUCAAUUGCUAUGCAAAGUAUGUAAUGUGACUUUUUAGCCUCUUUAGGAGACUAAGCAUUUUUAACUAUGCAAGCAAUCCUUCAGGAAUCCUUUUAACCUUGUUCCACCUGAUGAUAAUUUGCUGUAUAAGACUGACUGUAGAACUUUAUAUUUUAAAGCUUUUUUUGGAUUUGGCUUUA